AUGAUCCACCACCGGGCCUAUAACGCCACGGCAUGUGGUGAUGGCUUCCUUGGCCCAGGCGUCUGGGCUGAGGGCUGUCGAGGCGGUUUCGACUUCACAUUGUCUUUUGAAGAGAGCAUCUUGUCUGUUCUUCCAUCUGCUUUGUUUCUUCUCCUUUCGAUACCGAGAAUCGCAUAUCUCCUACGGACCCCUGAUAAAACAAAGCGUCGAUCAGCAUACACACCAAAGCUUAUCGUAUCGAGUGCAUAUGCCGGCAUCCAGGUCGGAUGCUUGGCCCUCACAGCCUCAUCACGACACCUCGACACACGAUUCUCCAUCGCCGCCGCCGUUCUCAGCCUCGUCGCCGCAUGCUGCAUCGUCCUUCUCUCGCACAUUGAGCACGUCAAGUCGAUUCGUCCCUCCUUCCUCCUGACCUCGUAUCUCUUCACCACUCUCCUCUUCGACGCCGCCCGAUUACGGACCGAAUGGCUCCUCUCCGUCAACGUCGCAUACGCAGCAGUGCUCUCGACCUCGACGAUAUUAAAACUAGCCCUGCUCGUACUGGAAAACAUCGAAAAGAGACGCAUUUUGCUAGACUCGAGUAAAAACCCGUCAACGGAGAGCACGAGCGGGCCGUUCAACCGCGGCUUCUUCGUCUGGCUCAACUCGCUGCUCAUCACCGGAUGGGCCACCGUCUUGACACUGCACGAUCUCCCCGCCAUUUACGAAAAGCUUUCAUCUGAAAAGCUUGCCGUGAUUUUCUCGAAACGAUGGGACAAGGUCACCCAUGGCGGACAAAGAGCCUCUCUCUUUCUCAACACCGUCUGGAUCCUCAAGCGCGAAAUUGCCGGCAUUGUGAUUCCUCGGUUGGCCGUCGUCGCCUUGACAAUUGCCCAGCCUUUCCUGGUGUCCCAAGCGCUGCGAUUUCUGUCCAUGCCCAAAGACGAGCACUCUGACAAUGUCGGCUACGGCUUGAUCGGCGCCUUUGCCUUUGUCUUUAUAGGAUCUGCUAUCUUAACGGCAUGGUACGAGCAUCUUACGUUCCGAGUCGGUGCCAUGAUUCGAGGAGGCCUCAUUGGCCUCAUCUAUCGCAAAAUACUGCGGCUUUCCACCAGCGACCUAAAUGAAUCGUCCGCAUUGGCGCUCAUGGGCAACGACAUUGAGACUCUGGCUGAACGUGCAAACGCUCUGCUCAUUGAAGCGUACGCCAACUCUCUCACGGUUGGCAUCGCCGUCUAUAUGCUGUACGCACAACUGGGUCCCGUCUGCGUUGCCCCUAUUGUCAUGGCUAUCAUCUCCAUUGUGCUGUGCUGGUUUAUUGGAAGGGUGCUCGUCAAACGCCAGACCGUCUAUCAAAAAGCAACGCAGGACCGCAUCAAUUUCACCUCUGAAGUGCUCGGUUCUAUCAAAGCCGUCAAGAUGCUAGGAUACACGGAGCGCUUCACCGACCUGCUUGAAGACAAGCGUGACCAGGAUCUGAAUGUUGGUAAACACUACCGAGAGAUGAUUGUAUGGGCCAACACAGUCGGAAACGCCAACGUCAGCUUAACUCAAGCCGCCACUUUUGGAGCCUACGCCAUUGUCGCCAAGCUCAGCAACAAUCAAUCCUUCUCGGCAUCGCAGGCCAUUACUGCACUGUCCAUUCUCAACGUCAUGGUAAACCCGCUCAGCUUCCUCCUCGGUAACAUUUCAGCCGCCUAUGCCGCAUUUGGCUGCUUCAAGCGUAUCCAGGAAUUCCUACUUCUCGACGAAAGAAUCGAUAGCCGGCAAAUAAGUCCACAGCUGGGAGUGCCAACAAAGAGCGAGCAAGUCGGAUCACGCAGAAGCAGUAUGGAGCUCCGUCCGCUCGAUCGUUACACCGAGGAAGGCGAGCGCAUCUUUAUUUCCGAGGGAGCCUUCUCGUGGAAAGAAAAGAAAGUAUUGAGCAACAUCAAUGUGUCCUUCUCACAGACACAAUCCGGAUCUCUCACCACGAUAGUUGGUCCGAUCGGCUCAGGCAAGUCGAGCUUGCUCAAGGCCAUUCUCGGUGAAGCAUCCUCGACUGGAGGCAAAAUCUCGUUGUCGACGCCGAGCAUCGCCUUCUGUGACCAAACCCCCUGGGUGAUGAAUGCAACAAUCAGAGACAACAUUGUGGCGGAAUCCGGCUUUUUCGACGACAAAUGGUUCGACACGGUCGUCGAAGCCUGCGAUUUGACUCAAGACUUUGCGCGGUUGCCAGAUGGUGUUUCGACCGUUGUUGGAGACAAGGGAGUGAAGCUCAGCGGAGGUCAAAAGCAGAGACUUGCCAUUGCCCGUGCCGUCUACGCCCGCAAGCCCGUCGCCAUGUUUGACGAUGUCUUCAGCGCAUUGGACAAGACAACAGAACGCAUCGUCUUUGCUCGCGUCUUCAGCAAAGACGGACUGCUCCGCCGUAGCCGCACCACCGUUAUCCUCGCAACUCAUUCCGUCCACCUCUUACCCAGCUCCGAUCACAUCAUCGCCCUCGGCCAAGACGGCCAAGUUAUCGAGCAAGGAGCCUUUGUCAAACUUCGAUCCAGUGGCAAAUACAUUCAGAGUCUCGACAUCACCGAUCCACACUCCGAUGAUGAUGAAGAUAGCAAAGACAGCCCUGAGCAAGACAUUAUCGAAGAGAUUAAGAACCUCGUCCACGUCAGCGAAGAGGCCGAGCAAGAAAACGAAGCAGAGCAAACAGUAUCAAGUGAUCGCAGCACGUUCAAAUACUACUUUUCCGCCAUGAGACCCCUCAGUUUGGCCGUGGGUGGUGGAUACAUCUUUGGGCAAGCCUUCUCUGCUGCUUUCAGGGCUGUCUGGCUUACCUGGUGGGGUGAUGGCCGAGGACGACCCAGCAACGACGUGGGUUACUGGCUAAGUAUUUUCACUGUCUUGGCCGUUGUAGAAGCUGUAUUGAUCUCCCUGGCAAUCAUGCACUUCUUAUUGAUCAUCGGACCUACCGUCAGCAAAAAGUUCCACACCAGAAUUUUGAACGCAGUCAUGAGAUUCAGCCAAGACUUGCGCCUAGUCGAUAUUGACCUCCCUGUCAAUCUCGCCAUUUUCCUCUUUGAUGUCAUGACUUGUAUUAGUGUUACCGGACUGGCUGUUGGAGCAGUCAGCUACUUCGCCGCCGCUCUCCCCUUCAUCAUCGUCAUCCUCCUCAUAAUCCAACGAUUCUACGUUCGAACCUCCAAGCAACUUCGUAUUCUAGAAAUCGAACACAAAGCCCCGCUAUACUCGCACUUCCUCGAAUCUAUCAACGGCCUCGCCACAAUCCGCGCCUUUGGCUGGAUCCUCCCCUACUCCACCAAGAGCCUCUCCCUCCUCGAUAGCGCACAGAAGCCCUCCUAUCUUCUCAACUGCAUUCAGCGAUGGCUCACCUUAGUUCUCGACUUGGUCGUUGCGAUUCUCACCAUCUUGCUCGUUGUUUUCGCCGUCACUCUAAGGGGAAAGCUGAAUCCCGCUCUCCUGGGCAUUGCGCUCGUCAAUAUGAUGAACCUGGGUCUCAAUCUCAAGGGCAUCAUCCUGGCAUGGUCCCAGCUGGAAACUUCUCUCGGAGCCGUCACUCGCAUCAAGACCUUUGAAGAAACAACUCCAUCUGAGCUGUUCCCUCACGAAAACUACACUCCCCCUGAAGAAUGGCCCUCUCAGGGCUCUCUCGAUUUCAUCGACUUAUCCGUACACUACGACUCCACCGCCCAUCCCGUCCUCCGCAACAUCUCCUUCACCAUCCGCCCAGGCGAAAAGCUCGGCCUCGUCGGUCGCAGCGGCAGCGGCAAAAGCUCUCUCAUCCAAGCUCUCUUCCGCAUGGCCAACACUCCCACCGGCCAAAUCCUCCUUGACGGCCAAGACAUCUCGAAUAUCCCCAAGCCCCUCAUCCGCCAGAAACUCAGCUGCCUCACCCAGGAUCCUUUCCUCUUCACCAACACGAUACGCUUCAACGCCGACCCUCUUGGCGUUCACUCCGACGAGGCAAUCGCCGACGCACUUCAGCGAGCCGCCAUCUGGGAUGUCAUCACCUCCAAGAUAGACGCCGGUAAAAAUCCCCUCGACGAGAAAAUGGACGAAACUUUCUUCUCUCACGGGCAGCGGCAGCUAUUCUGUCUGGGCAGAGCACUCCUUAAGAAGAGCAGCACUCUCAUCCUGGAUGAGCCAACCAGCAACAUCGAUAACCAAACCGACGCGCAAAUUCAGCGUGUCAUCAAAUCCGAGUUCAAAGACCGCACAGUCAUCAUGAUUGCCCACCGGCUUGACUCACUACUGGAAUUCGACACAAUCGCUGUGCUAGAAGAAGGUUCGCUGGCGGAAAUUGGCACUCCCAAAGAAUUACUAUUGCAAAAAGGUGGUGUUUUUGCGCAAUUGUAUGAUUCUGAUAAAACUAAUAAGAGGAGGAACUCGGACGAAAUCUCGCGAGCAUGA